AUGAUAAUUUCAUUAAAACGUGAAAGGUUCAAUAUCUUUCUCAGCUCGAAAGCAUAUGCAAAGAGAUAUGGAUACAACUGGCUUUUGGGGUCGAUGGAAUCCAUUUUCCCAUUUUCCCAGAUACGCUGGCUCGCUACAUAUGAAGCGUCAAAUAUACGUAUCGUUGCGGCAAGAGAUCAAGUGGUGUGGUGUUACUGUGCUGAGUAG